GGUAUCCAUUGCUGCUGUUCCGCAGAAGCCUAGUCUGACUGUUAUGUUAUGAGACCUUAAAUUGUUUCUUUUCAGAGCCAAGUACUACUAGAGAAUAACAGGCAUCCGUAAUUCACAUCUACAGGAAUCAUCAAACACACAGAAAUGAAUACUGGAAGGAACAGAGGCUACAGACUGGCUGCAGUGUGUCUGGGGCUGCUAUGUUUUCUCUUGCUGGCUGCCAUCACAGUGCUGUGGAUCAAUUUCACUGCCGAGAGAGACCAGUUACAGACUGGUUACAAAGAACUGCCUGCCAACAAAGUCACCUUGGAAACAACCUACAUCAAUGUGACUAUGGACACACAUUACGCCAUGAUAUUUUCUACUCUAGUGAAGGCGAUGCAGCAGGGUUGGACGUAUUUCAAUGGCACUUUUUACUAUAUCACUGUUGGACACAAGAACUGGACUGAGAGCAGAAAGGAUUGCAGAGAGAGAGGAGCAGACCUGGUGAUCAUAAAGAAUAGAGAAGAACAGGAGUUCAUCCUUAACAAUCUGGGCAGCUAUAAGGCUUGGAUUGGCCUGACUGACCGUGAAACAGAGGGAGUCUGGAAAUGGGUGGACGGAUCAUCACUGACCACUGAGUUCUGGGAGCAAGGUGAACCAAAUGAUGACCAGAAUAAUGAGGACUGUGCUGACAUUCAGGGUUUCCCGGGCAAGAAGAACUGGAACGACAUAGCAUGCUCUGAGGAAGAAGGGUGGAUCUGUGAGAUGAGCUUUGCUUCUUUCUUUCUUUCUAAAAAUGAAUAAAUAAAAUGAACAAAAGAAUAAAAUGGCAGCUAUUUAUUGAACUUAAAAUGUGUUGCAUAAGCUUUAUAGAAAGUUUCUGUCAGAUAGCUAACUUUAACGCAUAGCCUACUGUUUAUGCAUGUAAAAUAUAGUGUUGUCGCAGUUUUAGAGGUAAACAGUUGUAUAAGACUUUGAUAUGGUAAAUCUAGUCUAACGCAGAUACACCAUAAACCCUGGACAAUAAUUUUGUUUUCACUUUUGGUUUUAUUAGACUGAUCGUUGUGCUGUGUCAAUAUGCCUGAGGGCCGAAAUAUUAAUCACAAAUGAUUCAAAAUAUACAUUUUUGAAAAAAAAUAUCGGAGCAUAGAAGCAGAGAUUACUGUGCGCUACUGUGUUUCCCAUCUCUGUUUGAAAGAUGCACAAGGCUUCUUUUAUUGUUGGACUGCUCAGAGCAAUCUGUAUCAGUAAUCUGUUAUAACAAAUAUUUAAACUAUUUAAGAGUAACAACAAAACAUGUCUGAUGUAUGUAUGUGUGUAUAAGUAUAUUCCUAUUCAAGUGUUCACUUGUUCAAAAAUGUCUAUGGUUUUGUUAGAUCAUUUGUAUCAAAAAAAUCAUAUCAAAAAAUGCAGCAACCACAAUCAGAAAUCACAUUAUCAAAUAAAAAAAGCAGAUUAAACAUCAUAAAUAGCCAGGUUUUUGUUGUUCAGAUUUAAAGUGUUAAUAUUUACUGAAGUGCUGAACUUGCUCUGAUAAGCAGACUGAUUGCAGUUGCUUUAGUUUCUCUGCCCUCUCCUGAAUAUUCAUUGUUAUGUCCAU